AUGGCACGUAGCAAAUCCCAGGGCCGCAGCCGCAAAAAAGGGCCCGCCCCGAAUGGACGCGUCCGCAAGUCGCGCAAGCCAUCUUCGUCUAAUAUCUACGCGCACGUGUCGAUGCCAGAUUGCUAUGUCUUUGUUCCCAAGGGAAAUGCAUACAUUACCCUUCACUGUCGCCGCAAGACUAAGGAGUCACUCCAAACAGUCUAUGUUGUCUACGACAAACCAGGCAAGCGCGUCCAGGGCAUCCGGGUUCCUGAUAGUAUCUAUGCCAAUGUGGUCGAGCUAUCCGAACUCACUGCUGACUCUCGCGCCAAGCUCGUUCAGGCUCGUGAUGCCAAAUACCUCUCUCACGGUCGGAAGCUGCUUAGGCAACAUUUCCCACUGAUGCCCGAGGAAUCUCUUAAGAUCAUCCUGAAUCACUCGUUCCUCAAGGGCUCUGGACGAGUCGGGCGCACUGCGACGACCACCGACGACCGGAAGGUCACUCUCGCCGUUGACGCGCACAUUCGGCACACGCACACGCCAUAUGAGGAGCUUCUUUCUGGCGGUGUUGAUCGAGAGAAAGCCCGCGAGACAGUGUGGCCGACGGUUCAGACUAUUAGAAAUACCUGGCAAGGCAAACAUGAGAACUUAAAGAGCCAUAUUCCCCCGGAUCGUUGUUGCCAACCGGAGGUGAUCGUGCUGGAUUGA